AUGACUUGGUCACUUCUAACGCCUACUCCCAAACCACACGUUGUGGCAACUUUCAAAGCCAAACCCAUCGCCUCCACCACAACUCCCCACAUCACCAUCAACGCGGACAUGUACCCAGACAUCAUGGACGAGAUCCUCGAGCGUGCGGACCACAAUGCCCUCCUCCACCUCCGGUCCACCUCACACACCAUGCAGGAGCGCGUUGACACGGCAUACGCUCAGCACAUUGUUAUCAGUCCCAGCCCCGCCGGAUACAUCAUCACCAGCCCGCGCGCCAUCGUCUCCAGCAGCCCUACCUCUACCUCGCCCACACUUACCGGCACAAGUGAAGGCCGCGUGCCGAGCUUCCGCCCGCGCGAUCCAGACGGGUGGGACUACGACCACGCCCCAGACUCUCAUCUCUUCGAGCACACCAAGUGCGUCGAUUUCAUGGGCCGUAUUUGCGUCCCGCCCGGUGCGCCCCUCGCUUCUGCACUCGCACACGUCCCCAUUGUUCGACUCCGGCCCGGCCGCACCACCAGUGCGGCUGGCUCGGGCGACUUGCCGGUCGCCAUUGGCGUGAGGCCCGACACGCAGGUGACCUUUGCGGCGUUUGGCAACGAGCCAGGCUGCGACCCCGGUGCGCAAGUUGGACUCAUCGCGUGUGACCGGCGGCUCGUGGUCAUCCUGAUCUGCGACGCUAGCCCAGGCCACGCACCUUACGGCCAGCUCGAGUGGUUCCCGCAUCACGUCAGCCUCGAGGAGGUGGUGGUCAUCUUUACUGUUAUCGGUGGCGCGCCGCGGCCGCCGGUGACUAACGUGGCCGGCGGGGCAACGACUGGUUCCAGUUCCACUUCCAACGCGACUGAGGAUUCCAGCGCCGCGGCGUCGCUUCCCGCAAACGACAUUCCACCCUCAUCUUCAGACGGGCCCGCGGCCGUAGAUGCGCCCGCGGCAGACGUCGCGAAUGUGACUCCGGCGACUCUCACACCACCUCCCACGCCGCCUUCGCCUUCGCCCUCUGUGACCCGGCGUGAACCCCUCGGCAUCCUCCAGAACCUCGUCAGCAUGAUCGCCGUGCAUGGCCAGCGUGUCAAACACACCAUCGUGGGCCUCAAGGCUCUCGAUCCCUCGUGGGUCGGCGUCGAGGACCAGACCGACCCAGACGCGCCCACCGCCACCAGGCCCGCCACGCUCGCCGACGUCCAUGCCGCGAUCCGCUCUGGCAUCGCGUCGUUUGACGUCCGUAACGUCCUCGAUGCCACCAAGCACAAGCAGCAAGUUCUCGCCAACCUCACCCUCCUGUCGCGGGAGGAGUAUGCCCACAUGGUUGGCCAGGAGCAGUUUGAGCUUGAGACGGAGGAACAGGACGGCGGUGAGUAG